AUGAUCUUUGGGCUUGGAAGACUAUUUUACGUUGUUUUAUUGCUGAUUAAUUCCAUCGCCGUUUUGAGUGAAGAAAGGUUCCUAAGGAGAAAAACUACCACACACCAUUAUUUACCAGUUGGACUUGGAUCACAAUCAAAUCAAGCCGUCUUUGGCCAACAAGAAAAUACCACGAAAUCUAAACUAGUACAGUUGAUUGGCGCAGUACAAACAUUGUUAAGAAAGAUAGUUCGGAAUAUCAAUAACUUAUACUGGUGGCAAUUUAGGUUUAUCAUGAUGCUGGUUGUAUUGCUUAUCACUAUUAUAAAACAAUUAUUUAAAGUUUCCAUCAAUGUCCUUUCAACUUCGUGA